AUGCACACCAGCGCCGUCCUCUGCUGCGCGCUGCUGGCAACCGCCCUGGCAGCAGCAGCAGCGCCUCUAGCUGUCAAUACACCCCAGCAGCAGCAGCAGCAGCAGCAGCAGCAGCAAGUUGAAGCAGCAGCAGUUCCCAGCAGCGGGGGGGAGUCCGCUGCGGGGGCCCCCCCCCUUGGGGGCCCCAAGGGGGGCCCCCAAGGGGACUUGGGGGCCCCUGAAGGCUCUCCUCAGGGGGCCCCCGCCUCUGCUGUUGCUGCUGCAGAGCAGCAAAGGCAGCCAGCAGCAGCAGCAGCAGCAGCAGAAGGGGGGCUCUCUGUGGCUGAGAGAGUGCGGCAGCAGUUUCACAACAGAAACAUCUUUGGGGAAAGUGAGUCUGCAGAAGAAGCAAAAAGAGAAAUAAAAAAAGAAAUAAAUAAAGAAAUAAAUAAAGAAAUCAAAAAAGAAUUAAAUGAAGAAUUAAAUGAAGAACUAAAUGAAGAACUAAUCAAAGAAGAAGACACAAAGCCGAAGGUCACUUGCGUUUCAAACUGCUCCAUGCACGGGUUCGGAGUUUGA